CGAUGGAAGCUUAAAUUUCAUCAUCAAGCAUUACCUCCAGAGUAUUUGAAUCAUUAUGAAGCAUCCAUGAUGUCUCCUGAACCAACUCCAGUGAUUUCAUCAUCUCCUACACCUGUCCUUUUCACGGGAAAUACCAAAUCGAAACUGCCACCGGAAGCUCAAACUAGUGUCCGUUUUGAUGAUCUACCAUACAUGGGAGAGAUGACAUUAGACAAUGCAAAACCACGGAGAGGACGCAAACCAAAAAAGGCUGAUAUAUGUCACUUGAUAUAUAAAAACUACGGGACAACUGUCGUAGAAGAACCUUUGAACCUAUGCGUCAGAGAUCAGAUAUCAUCGCUAAAUGAUUUUCAGCUUCCUGGUUCUACCAGUAUCCAAGAAUCAAUAAAUCUUCAAUCAAAAGACUCCAAACGUAAGAGCAAAAAGUCACUGGCCAGAGAGCGUUUGGAAAAAACGUUCAAAGAAAAAGGUUUCUUGAUACAGACACAACAAUUGGAAUCCGCACAAGGAGCCACGUACUGUAAAUUUAGACAGUUAAGGAAGUUUACACGGUAUCUGUUUAGAAGUUGGAAACAUCAUUUACCUGGUGAYGUCGUAGACAACGGUGUCAAUAGUCAAAUAACCUGAAUUUUCUACAAAUUAAAUAAUAUGAUUUAUGAGUGUUGUUUCUAUGAGUUUCUUAAAACUCAAUACACGAACGAGUGUGAAAAAUGAAUAUCUAAGUGUUUAGAAGCAAAUUUAAUAUCAAUGUGUUAAGACACAAUUUAAUAAUUUAUUGGAGACAAAGAAGUUAUAUUGGUGAGUGUUACUAUACAAUUUUGAAAAAGAAAAACGUAUUUGCCAAGGGAAAACAUCAUAUA